AUGGCAGACGUGCAAAAGAAGCUGCAGGCGCUGUCUGAAAGCUAUCAAGGCCUCCAGGCUGAGCUCGGAACUGCAGUAGAGGCUCGCCAGAAGCUCGAAUCGCAACAACAGGAGAACAGUACCGUCAAGAAGGAGUUUGACAUCCUCGACGACGAUGCAAACAUCUAUAAACAAAUUGGCCCAGUACUGCUGAAGCAGGACAAGACGGAGGCAGUCAUGUCGGUCAACGGUCGCCUCGAGUUCAUCGACAAACAGAUCAAGGAUAUCGAGAAACAGAUACAGGGUAUACAAGACAAGAGUGAGAAGAUCAAGGGCGAGAUUAUUCAAAUCCAGUCGGCGGCACAGCAAUCACAGCAAGCAGCGGCAUCAUCAUGA